GUGCUGAUAAAAGAACCGGUAACAUCGGAGUUUAUCAAUACUACAGUCUUUAAUCAUUUAUCCUCGGGGCUCGUUUAAUACCGGGUUUCGGUGCCCAUCCCUACAGAGAAAUAAGUGCACAUUAAAUAAAACUGCCAUACCUUUGAUUAUUUUGGAGAAAACAGACGUAUAAAUCGAUGCAUAAACAACCGCAGGAAGCUGGAACAAGCGUUGAUGUCUGGAACAACCAAAGUCUCUUUCCCUCGCCGUUUAAUCGUUUACAAAGUGAAAAAAGCAGAAAUGUGGUGGCAGAGUAAAAUCUUUUUUGUGUUAGUGGUAAAAAUAAACAGACUAUGAUGGAACAAAUAAUUCACUUUUGAUGGAAAUCCGUCCGUAGACGGAGCUCUUGCACCCAUGUAAUCUGCUUCUAACGCUACAUGAUUUCUUCUUUAUUCAGAUUGGAGAACUGCAGUUUGUCAGAGAUCAGCUGGGCUUCUCUGCUCUCAGCUCUGAAGUCCAACCCCUCCCAUCUGAGAGAGCUUGAUCUGAGCUAUAACGAGAGUCUCAACGGUUCAAGAACAAAUCUGCUGUGUGAUUUUCUGGAGAGUCCACACUGUAGACUGGAGACUCUGAGAUUGUUUUACUGCAGGUUGUCAAAGAGCAGCUGUGCUUCUCUGGUCUCAGCUCUGAAGUCCAACCCCUCCCAUCUGAGAGAGCUGGAUCUGAGAGGAAACUCCUUGAGUUCUUCAGACAAGAAGCUGUUGUCUGAUCUUAAAAAGAGUCCAGACUGUAGACUGGAGACUCUGAGAUUGGAGUGGAAUGAGUGAGUGAACAUCCAGGAGUUCGUGUUGAGAGAGGAUCAGCUGUAUCCUGAUGAUCCAGAGAGGUUGAAGCAGCAGCAGCUUGUGUGUAGAGAGACUCUGACUGGGCCAUGUUACUGGGAGGUAGAGUGGAGAGGAGAGCUUCAUCCAGCAGUGACUUACAGAGGAAUCAGAAGAAGUGGAGAUGAGUCUCAGUGCUGCAGUCUGAACUGAUCUGAGAACAGCUCCACUGUCACACACAAAGUCAAGUCCACCAUCAUCCCUGUGUGUUCCUCUGGAUCUGACAGAGUAUCAUCAGUGUAUCUGGACUACUCUGCUGCUGCUCUGUCCUUCUACACAGUCUCUGCAGACACACCCAGACUCCUCCACUCAACCACCUCCUCCACCCUCCUUCUGGACCUGAGUCUCAGUCUGGAUUUUGGUCCAUGUGGAUCAUCUCCAGCAGAGGCUUGUUUAGAAAGACUUUCCUGUCUUUGUAUAUAAGUUGUAUAUAUGUUUUAAAUGUAUAUAAGUUUUAAAUGUCUCUUUACUUUCAGACAUGUGACCAUCUGUAUCUGUUGAAACCAGAGUGACACUGCAGAUUAUUGCAGAAUCACUUGACACUAUAAUUAUUAAUUAAUUUACAGGAUUUAUAAUAUGGCAUCUGAAUUUACUUUACUACUGCUAGCCAAAGUACGACCAUUUAUAAAUCUAAAAAGAUGUUGAAAAGCUGAUUCAUACCUUCAUUUCAAGCUGACUUGAUUACUAUAAUGCACUUUUUACUGGCCUCCCAAAAAAAAAACACUGAGAGAUUUCAGCUCAUUCAAAACUCUGCAGCUCAGAUAUUAACCAGAACCAAGAAGGAGAGAACACAUUAGUUCACUUUUAGCUGCUCUGAUCCAGCUUCCUGUAACAUUCAGUAUUGACUUUAAGGUCCUCCUCCUCAUAUACAAACAAAGCCCUUAAUGGGCUAGGACCAAGCUACAUUUCUAACUCCCUUGUUAACUAUUUGCCCUCAAGAACACUGCGAUCAUCUGGAGAUGACCAACAACAGCCGAAAGAAAAUCGGGAAUGCAGCCUUUGUCAAUUACGCCCCAAACCUAUGGAACACACUACAGAUAGAUAUCAGGGAAGCCAGCUCACUAAAUAUUUUACUUUAUUUUAUACAGUCUAUGUAUUUUAUGUGUUCACUUUGUUUUAAUUUUAUUUUAUUUUAUUCUUAUUCUUCUUAUUAUUAUUCAGUAUGCAUUCUAUUUUAUGUGUCAGUGGGUUUUAUCUUCCACCUUAUAUCAUGCAAUCCAUGUAAUUUUAGUAUUUUUCACUUUAUUUUUCACUUCAUCUAUUUUAUCUUAUUUUUAUUAUCAAGUGGGCUUUAUUUUCCAUUUCAUGUUACACGGGUGCUGAGGUCAGUGGUAGGUAGAUUUGAGAAAAAAGACUGUGGUUUGUGUUUGGUCAGCUUUGGGUUGCACCUGACACAGAGAAGACCUACAGUGAGGUCAAACCUGAGGGAAGAUGUUCCGAUGUGUGUCUGUGUCUGAUGGAGAAAUGGGAGGUUCUUCAGAGACCUAUGCACCGUAUAUAUAUAUCACAUAUAUAUUACAUAUUAUGUAUUGUAUAUUCACUUUAUUUUAUCUUAUAUUUAUUAACGUUAUCAGAAAAAAGUUUAAAUCAUUCUUUGAUCAUUGUGUCAUAAAUUAUAUUCUCCUUCUUUGGCACACAGCAUAGCCUCCUCCCCCUUGCACGCAUGAGAAUAUUGGCGCAGCCAAUCAAAAAUUUAGUAGGCUAGUAGUGUGAUGCUUGAAACAAACAUCCCUCAGAAUUAUGUGAGAUCUGUCAAAUAGAGGAAUCAGUGCAGCAUGUAAUUUUUCACUGUCAUAAAUACUCUCGAGAAGGAGAAACAUUAAAGAGGGAAAUCAGGAAGCUUGAAGUGGAAGAAAUUAGUCUAAAAAAUGUAUUUGCCAUCAGGUUAGUGAGUCUAUUCCAUUAUAUGAAAGAAACUGGGCUGAUCAAAAGAAUUUAGUGUUCAGUGAAAUAUAGGAGAUGAGUCAUAACUUCUUGAUAUGCAAGAAUGUUUGUUGCUUCACAUCUAUGGCACUUUGUGUGUUUGUUCUGUUACAUUUAAUUAAAGAUUAAACAAGACAAUAAA